UGUGUGCACUCUCGCCGCUGGGGCUUGACACUGGUGUGGAAAAGAUGGCUGCUUCGGCGGCAACAGCGAGUUCUCCCCCCGGUUUGUGUCCAAAUUACGCCGUGGUUUGCUCGUUUCUGGAGCGAUAUGGAGCCCUGUUGGACUUGCCGGAGCUCACCUUCCCUCAGCUGGAAAGAUACCUCCAGGACACAUCCUCAGUUCCAAAGCUGCUGGUUGAUCUUCACGUCAAGUUGCUGAGGAAGAUUGGGAAGUCGGUUUCUGCAGACAGAUGGGAGAAAUACCUGGUCAAGAUUUGCCAGGAGUUCAACACAACCUGGGCGUGGGAACUGGAGCAGAACGGCUACAAGGAGCUGUCCAUGGAGUGCAAGACGGACAUCCUGAAGUAUUUAUGUGAGAUCCAGUUUGACGAGAACGUGAAGUUUAAAACCGCCAUCAACGAUGAAGAUCCGGACAAAAUGCGGCUGCAGCCGAUUGGCCGGGAUAAGGACGGGCAGAUGUACUGGUUCCAGCUGGACCAGGACGACAACGUGCGGGUUUACGUGGAGGAGCAGGACGACCUGGACGGCGCGUCGUGGAAAUGCAUCGUCAGAACCAGAAAUGACCUGGCUGAAGUUGUCGCUCUCCUAAAGACACAAAUCGACCCGGAGCUGCUGAAGAGAGACCUGGAACUGAAAAGUAAAGCAGAGGGGGAGACGGACAAAGACAAAGGCGACACAAAAAGGGCUGACGAUACGUCGGAUGAAGAACUGAAAGACAAAAAUGAAGGGACAGAAAACUCGGAGGUGAAACCAGAAGCCAAACUGUCACUAAACGGCGUCAUCGAAGCUAAACUGGAGCCAGAACUCGUUUCAGAAACCAUCAGCGCGACGGCUCAAAGCAUCAAAGAGGAGCCGAUGGAGGCGGUGGACUCCAAACCGCCUCCAGCCGACCCGACGCCACCCUGCGCCGCCGUCAAGGGAGAGGAGGUGAAGAAGAGCAGCUCGGAGGAGAUCCAGCAAACCGUAAAAAAUGACCAGCAGGCCAAAAUCCCACUGAAGAAACGGGGAAUGAAGUUCAGCGAGGACUUUGGUGAGAAAAAUGGCACCAUCACGGCACAAAAUCCGUCUGUUGUCGAGUCAAAUCCAGAGCAGAAAGUCCAGAGAAUAAACGAUCAUGUGAACGGCGAAGUUCUGCCUCCGGUGGACGGAGAACCCGAGAAACAGAGGAGUAAAGAUAAACCCACGGAAAACCUUUCUGCUGCUGCAGGCGGCAAUAAAUCACUCCAGGACGACUCGACAAGAACGGAAGAGAAGAAAACAAAAAACAGAGAAACAACCAAACCUCCCCAAGAAGCAACGCCGGCGUGUAAAGACGGGGACAAAUCAUCCAAUCAGGAAGAGGAGGAGAAAAUGGACGAAUCCGAACCAACAGAGGUCAAAGCGAGAGAAACAGAUGAAGCAAAUUCUGAUAUUACAUCUGCAGAGUCGGAGCGAAAGUCAUCCUGCGUGGAAACGGACGCAUCCGAGUCUAAAAAAGAGUUGAGUGGUGGCAAAUCGGAUUCAUCUGAAGCAAAAGACAUGAAGGAAAGCACCAAAACUAAAGAUGUGGACGUACCAGAGGAACAUUCUGCAGAGAAAGAUCUGGCAAAAGAUCCUGUAGAGAAGGAUAAGACAAUAAAAGAUUGUGUAGAGAAGGAUCAGACGAUGAAAGAUCCUGUAGAGAAAGAUCAGACGAUGAAAGAUCCUGUAGAGAAAGACCAGACGAUAAAAGAUCCUGUAGAGAGAGACCAGACGAUAAAAAAUCCUGUAGAGAAAGAUCAGACGAUAAAAGAUCCUGUAGAGAAAGAUCAGACGAUAAAAGAUCCUGUAGAUAAAGAUCCUGUAGAGAAAGAUCCUGUAGAGAAAGAUCAGACGAUGAAAGAUCCCGUAGAGAAAGAUCAGACGAUGAAAGAUCCCGUAGAGAAAGAUCAGACGAUGAAAGAUCCCGUAGAGAAAGAUCAGACGAUGAAAGAUCCCGUAGAGAAAGAUCAGACGAUGAAAGAUCCCGUAGAGAAAGAUCAGGCGAUGAAAGAUCCCGUAGAGAAAAAUCAGGCGAUGAAAGCUCCCGUAGAGAAAGAUCAGACGAUAAAGGAUCCCGUAGAGAAAGAUCAGACGAUAAAGGAUCCCGCAGAGAAAGAUCAGACGAUGAAAGAUCCCGUAGAGAAAGAUCAGACGAUGAAGGAUCCCGUAGAGAAAGAUCAGACGAUGAAGGAUCCCGUAGAGAAAGAUCAGGCGAUGAAGGAUCCCGUAGAGAAAGAUCAGGCGAUGAAGGAUCCCGUAGAGAAAGAUCAGGCGAUGAAGGAUCCCGUAGAGAAAGAUCAGGCGAUGAAGGAUCCCGUAGAGAAAGAUCAGGCGAUGAAGGAUCCCGUAGAGAAAGAUCAGGCGAUGAAGGAUCCCGUAGAGAAAGAUCAGGCGAUGAAGGAUCCCGUAGAGAAAGAUCAGGCGAUGAAGGAUCCCGUAGAGAAAGAUCAGGCGAUAAAGGAUCCCGUAGAGAAAGUUCUGGUGACAAACGUUCCUGUAGAGAAAGUUCUGGUGACAAACGUUCCUGCAGAGAAGGAUCCUACAGAGAAAGACUCUGCAAAGACAGAUUCAAUGGAAAAAGAUCCAACAAUAAAGGAGCUAACGACAAAGGAUCCUGCAGGGAAAGAUCCUCCAAAGAAAGAUUCAAUGACAAAAGGUCCUGUAGAGAAAGAUCAAACAAAAAACUGCUCUGCAGAAAAAGAUUCAACAAAGAUUUCUGCAGAGAGGGAUCCUUUGGCAAACGAUCAGUUGCUAAAAGAUUCAAUGACAAAAGAUCUUGCAGAGAAAGUUUCUGCAGAAAAAGAUCCUUCAAAGAAAGAUUCUGUAGAAACGGAUCAGGCAAAAAUUGUCUCUGCAGAAAAAGAUUCUGUUGAGAAAGAUCUGGUGACAAAAGUUUCAGUGGAGAAAGAUUCUGCUGAGAAGGAUUCAACAAAACAUGUGUCAAAAGUUCCGACAAUAAAAGAUUUAACAACAAAAAAUCCUGUAGGGAUGGAGUCUCCAAAGAAGGAUCAGACGACAAAAAUUUCUGCAGAUAAGGGCCCUGUGGCGAAAGAUUUGACAAAAGAUCCAAAAAUAAAAGAUUCUGCAGAGGCAGAUUCAACAAAAAAAGAUUCUGUAGAAACAGAGUCUGCAACGAAGGAUGUGCUGAAAAAGGUUCCUGCAGAGAAAGAUCCUGCAGAAAAGGAUCCUGUGGCUAAAGAUGCAAUGAAGACAGAUCCUGUAGAGAAAGAUCUGUUAGAGAAGGAUUCAACAAUAAAAGAUCCUACUGUAAAGGAUCCUUCAGAUAAAGAACCUGCGCAGAAAUCUGCUGAACCUAAAGCUGCGAUAAUUCAGUGUGCUGAUGUAAAAACAGACAAACCAAUAAUCACUGACAAAUCAGGAGAGAGAACAGGAGCACCUCAUGUAAACAAGGACAAAUCAGAUUCGGGUUCACCCAGCAGGAAGAGUGACGACGUCGAAGAGGUGAGUUCAGAAAAUCAGCAAGACGUAAAGAAAGACUCAAACUGCAAAGAUGGUACGAUAUGCGACUCCAGGCCGACAGGAGAAGAAUCGGGUGAUGAAAAUCGGACGAAGAUGCAAACCGAUGAGAAAACCUCUGAACAGAAAUCCUGCGAACGGACAGAUAAACCAUCCAGUCCUGCCGAGAAGAAAAAAUCCCCCAAAGAAACAGAAUCGAACCGGAAAGAGGAGAAAGUGUCGUUGACAGCCGAGGACCCACCAUCAGAAAAUAAGAAAGAAAUUUUGCCUGACAAAGGAAAGGAAGAAGAUUCCCAAAAAAGUGAAAUAACGGAUGAAGAAGCUCUGAAGCAAAACAAAACUGAGUCGAGUUCAACAAAUUCAAGCAAAGAAUCCGAGUCCUCAAAAGAUACGGAGGAGAAACGAACCAAAGGAGCAGCCGGCGACGGACCUGCAGACUGCGGCAGGAAACCAGAACAGGUGCGGAACGGCGACGGAGGCUCUCCGCCACAAGGGGGCGCACGCCGACGAAACAAGCCACCGGCGCACAGGAGGAGAGCCGAGCUGCAGAGGGAGGAUCGCCACGGCGACUCGGAGUCGGACACGAACACGGGGCGGUGUCUGAGGCGGUCGCCGAGGAUCUCCAGGCCAACGCAGAAGGCCGUGGAGGUUCAGGAGAAGAAGACGGAGAAACCUCCACCCACUCCUCUUCCUCAGGACCGUGACGAAGACCAAGACAAGAAAGAAGAAGAGGAAGAGAAAGAGGAAAAGGAGGAAGUGAAGACUGUUCAAAAGAAACCCAAAGAGAAAAAGGCUGAUCAGGAGGGCCAGCCAAAACCCAAAGGGAGAAAAAGACGGAGAACUCGGUGGUCCAACACUCGAACGCGCAGGAAAAGGAAAACCUCAGACGACGAGGACGAGAACAGCGAGGAGUCAUUGAGCGAAGAGGAGGAGAGCGAGGAGGAGGACGACAGCGACGAAGACUACAAGGUCGAGCGAAACCGGAAGAGGAGGAACCGGAACCGGGAGAGGCGGAGCUCGGACUCUUCCACGUCUUCCGACGACGACCUACCUCCAAACGACGACCCCUGCAAACACUGUGGUCUUCCAAAUCAUCCUGAGCUGAUCUUGCUGUGCGACUCGUGUGACAGCGGCUACCACACCGCCUGCCUGCGGCCGCCUCUCAUGGUCAUCCCGGACGGAGAAUGGUUCUGCCCGCCCUGUCAGCACAAGCAGCUCUGCGACAAACUGGAGGAGCAGCUGCAGAACCUCGACGCCUCAUUGAAGAAGAAGGAGCGGGCCGAGAGGAGGAAGGAACGGCUGAUUUAUGUGGGAAUCAGCGUUGAGAACAUCAUCACGCCUUCUGUGGAGGUGGAGCAAGAAAAGCCUGAGAUCGUCAUCAAGGAGAAGAAAGAAGCAAAGCGGAGUAAGAGCUGGGGCCGCAGAUCGACGAGGGCCAAGAAAACCAUCAGCUACAGGUUUGAUGAGUUUGAUGAAGCAAUCGAGGAGGCCAUAGAGGAAGACAUCAAAGAAGCAGAAGGUGGAGGAGCCGGUCGGGGUAAGGACAUGGCCAACAUCACGGGCCACAGAGGCAAGGACAUCUCCACCAUCCUGCAGGCGGAGGAAGGGAAGGAGAACGGGCGUCCGCCGCGACCCAACGCCGCCCAGCGCAGGAAGAAGCGCCGGCGACUCAACGACCUGGACAGCGACAGCACCGUGGACGAAGAGGAGAGCGAGGAAGAGUUUCGCCUCAGUGAAAGCUCGGAGGAAGAGUUUGUCGUGUCCGACAACGAGACGGAGCCGGAAACGGAGGCGGAGUCAAACGGCAGCGGCCACGGCGGGCGGCGCCACGCGUCGUCGUGGAGCAGGAGGCCGCAGAAACGCAGGCAGAGCUCCAGGAAGAGGAGGAGACCCAAGUGGUACUCAGACGAUGAAGAGGAGGAGACGGAUGACGAAGUGGAGGAGGACGACAUUGAGACGGAGCGGUCGAGUGACUACAGCGACAGCGACCUGGACAUGAGUCGGCGGCGGUCCCGCCGGAGCCACAAGAAGGAGGUGAACUACUGCGAGACGUCGGGGUCCGAAGGCUCUCAGGCCGGAACCAACCGGGCCAAGAUGAAACCCAGGCGGCGCCAGGAGAGCUCCGACAGCGACGCGAGUUUCUCCAGAGACUCUGAAGACGAGUCGAAGGACCUGAAGGUGAAGCGAAGAGUCGAUUCCUCAGAAGAAGAUUCCCGGCAGCGGCGCAGGCGGCUGGCGCUGAAACGCAGGCGAGCGUCUCGAGACUCGGACUCGGACUCGGACUCUGACUCAGACGACUCUUCAGAGGAGGAUCGGCCCAUACGAAAGCGGGUGAACCGCAUCGACUCGGAUGACGACGACGAUGAGGAGGAGCAGCAGCAGCAGCAGGAGGAGGAAAAGCCUAAGGAGACGAAGGUGGAGGAGGAAGAGGAGAAGGAGCAUUCAAAGGGAACAAACUCGUUGGACCGCCGCCCGGCAGAGAAGCAGCCUGCAAACGGACGGAGCGAGACGAAGAACUUGGACGGCGUCGCCCCUCCACACUUGGAGACGCCUAAAACUGUGAGUUCCACACCGGCUGCCGCCGCCGCCCCGAACGGACUGGCAGGACAGGAAAUGGCGGCGCAGGACGACGAGGAGGACGACCUGUUAGGAGUCACAGACUUGGUGGACUACGUCUGCAAUAACGAACAAUUGUAAAAAGACAACAGAAAUGGUGUACCGUUUAUUAUUUUUAUUAUUUUUUUGUGGUAUUGUAUUUUUAUAUUGCUUAACUUUAUUAUUCCCUCCCCCUUCCAACAGUUGUUGUCGUUUUUAUUUUGACAUGGAGCUUCGUUCUCGGCACCAACACAUCAUCAGAUCCUCCACUGCCAAACCUGUCGUCGGUUUUCCUCCCAGCUGUUUUUCUUUUUUUGUAGAUUUGUAUCUGUUGAAGCACUAACAUACAUUCAUGAAAUCUGGCACUGAAAUGGUUUGAACAGUUGAUUACUUGUCUGACUUAAAGGAUCAUUCCAUGCUAAAGGUGCACCGAUUGCAGCUUUCUGGCUGAUUGAGGAUCUUUGAAAAACCUGAGCUGCUGAUGCCGAUUUUCUUUCUUUUUCUUUUCCAUAUCUGAUGUUGUGACUAAGUCGCUGUUGUCGAUGAGUUAUCUGUUGUCCAACUCCACCAAGCCACUUGGUGGAGUUGGACAAUAGAGAUGAGAAUGUUUUAUGAUCUUAUGCCAAUUUUUGAGGCCAUGAUUCGAUUCAAAUUCAAAACGAUUAUUGGUGAUGAUUUCUGCUUUAAUCUAAUGAGCGAAGGAUCCUCAUGAUCUACUCCAGUCUGCUUUGCAGUUCAGAAACACAAACUGAGAACCGCGUUUUAAGAAAAUGGAGGCUGAAAGACGGAUUUGUUUUAUUUCUAUAAAAUCGGUUUUGGAACAUUUUGAAUGAUGGUAAGCGAUACUUUGGGAUUCUUAUGUAAAUCAAUGUUUUUUUUUUUUUUUGGCACACCUAGUAAAUAUGAUCGGUUUCACAUGCAAGUAUCGGCCGAUUUAUCUGUGCACCAGCUUUUCCACUGAAACGGACAUGAUUGCAAAGUAUUUUAGAGAUUUUUAACCUUCACGAGUAAAUACUGGAAUUUGCUCCAGUGUUCCGGCCUACAAUGUUUGGCUUAAAUAAUAUUUCCACAGAAAUUAAAGCUUCUAAUCUGCGAACUGCAAGUUUACUUUAAAUUUGGGGUUAGUUGUUAGAGAAUCUGACCCCUAGUGGUAGUCCAGGUCUAUUUCGGGGGGGAUUUGUCUAUUAAAAUAUUUAAAAGGAAGAAAUUUUAUUCAAAUAAAUACACCCAGUUGAAUUUUUUUUAGCUCCCAGAAAUAAAUGUUUUCUUGUACAGUGGAGUUUUGAUUUCUUGGCUUUGUCCUGUUUUUAGCUGAUAAAUGGUUCUCUGUAAACUACAUAUUGAAUAAGCUAACCCUUAGAACAGCUGGACGACGCCGGCCAGCAUCUGGAAAUCUGUCUUCUCUUUUCCCACCAUCCGUUUUCCAUCCGUCUCGUGUUCAAGGUGUGAAUGCAUCAGAGUGACCAACAUGUUUUUGGGUUUUUUUUUCACCCCUCCCUUCUUUUUGAACUUUUGUAUUUGAGUGAUAGCGUAGAUUUUUUUUUGUACAUUGUAUACAUUGUGUAAUUAUUUGAAUUCUGUGUGUUGCCAUCAGACCAGUGGUGAGCUCUCCGUUAUUGAGAAUUGUUUUGAGGAAAUGAAUCUAUUGUCACUCCUAAUCCUCAGAUCUCAGUGUCUUCAUAUUUCAUUUAUUUUCUGUAUUUUUUUUAUUUGUAUAUCUAAACCAUUAUUUGAGUAAAAAUGUAAAGUGUCUUAUUUCUAUGUACGUUGUCCCUCGUUGCAUGUUUAAAAUCAUGCGGAUCCAUCCUAACAUUAUUUUUCCUCGCUCUUCUUCCCCAGAUCUUCUAGCACUUCCUUUGUUUGUUUUCAUAAUCUUGAACCCGAGUCGGGUUUUCUGGAUUUAUCCCCAAAGGUUCAAAAUUAUGAAAAAUCUGUGUAAUAAGCAGCUUGGAAGUAAAACUGAGAAGUUUUUUUUGUUGUUUUUUUUCACAGGAGGAACGGACAUAAAAAAUUCAAACCAAUGACUAUACUGACCUCUGCUGGAACCUGUCUGUGUGUAUAUCUGUAGUAUUUGUUGUAAUAUAUUUAGAGGCAUUUUGUAAUCAUGAAAAAGGAAAUAUAUUGGACAAUUCUUUGGGAGUGCAUGGGUUUCUAUUAGUUGUUUUUUUUUGUUGUUUUUUUUUGUAGGGAAGUAAUAUUGGCACAACAGUUUUUAUAGCAAAAUUAAACAAUCUGGGCAUGUUUUGCAGAUGUGUGUCUCCUGACCUGUUUUGUUGGUGCUGAGGAUGUUGUGUCAUAGGCAGGCGCUGACCAAGUGAAGGGGAAUGAGACGACCUGGUUUGAGAGAGAAUGUUGUAAAAUUUUUGUAAAUUACUCCGGAGCGCCGUCUCCAGAGGAAAAGUCGCUCUAUUGACCAGAAACUCGACUUCCAAGAAGGAAAAAAACAAAAACUCUACGAGCUGCUUUCAGUGAACACAAAUGUUACGAUGUCCAGACUUCAGCUGGACAGAAUUUAGCGAACCCAAAUAUAAAAGUAUAAUAAUAAAAUGUGUUGUGGUGGGCCGAGCUGGGAAAUGUGUUGAUACGUGUUGCAUAGAAACAGAAUUAGACUGAAAAAGACCAGUGCCAACCACUGAAGUGUUAACUGUUUCCUUUUUACCUCAUGAUGAAGCUGGAAAGAAAGAAACCCUGUCCACUGUGCAUAGUUCCUAGUAGACGGAUUGUGUUUUGUCUGCUAUAUACUUUUGUUUGUUUACUGCUAUUUCUUAUGGAUCGGCUCUUGUACAUUUCUUAUAAUAAACUGGGUUUUAAGCCAUA